AUGCCGGCCGUCCCCUUCGCUGUCUCGUCGCAGUCACGGAAAAAGCUGAAGGCAUUUGCAUUUGACGAAAGAUUACUUGAAGUGGAUGAGGACAAAGAGAAUCAGGGUAUCGGCCGGACUACGAGAGUAGGAGAAGCGUCAUUCGAAAAGGCGGAUGAUGGUGGUAGUGUAGGCCAACGUUGUCUCUCACAGCGCGACAUGCCUCGGACGCCCGCUGUCAAAAUACCCUUCGAAGACCUCAUUGCGAAUACCGAAGAUGCCUUCAAUUGCCUGCCGCCGAUUGCCACGCCUAAAGACCACGUCUUAUGGGAAACAAACCCUGAUAGCACAGACGCCUCUGGAGCUGCUACUGGAACACAAAAAAGCAGAAAACGGGCCCGUAGCUCGUCUCCUGCCUCCUCACAGCUUGGGAGAUCUGAUCACAUCUCUGUGCACAAAGAUGCCUUGAACCUAGAUGCCCUAAACAGGUCUCUUCGAACACCAAACAAUGAUCCUACGCAAGAUCUAUGGAAUCGAUACACGACUGCAAAUGCGAAGAAAAUCGAAGCCGAACCUACCUUGCCUGCUUACGCCCAUCUUCUCCCUUCAUCACCUCAGACGCCGAGCUCAGCAAGCAAAGAGAGUGGCUUACGGAGAACACACAGUUGUGGCAUAGAAUGGCCAGCGUCGAAAUCCAAGCGGCGAAGAGUAGAGGCCAAUGAAAUGCAUGGUCGUACGAAGGAAUUGUUCGCUGCAUCUCGAAAGGAGAUCUUGCGCCGAGAUCUAUCGAAUAAUACUCGUGUGGGACUCCUCUUGGAAAAGAUCCAGGAGAGUCUGACGAAGAAGGUCGCAGCCGAUGAAAGCCCAUCGAGCUCCUCCCCGUUGCCAGACCGACGGUCCCAAGCUCUUGUUUCGCCGACAAAACCUCAGACCGCGGUCCGGUCGGGAAACACAAGCACUACACACGCGCCAGUACAUACACCUGCAGUGACGGGACAAAACUCCGAAGCGCAGCAUGAUCAGCAAUCUUCCUCGGAAUUCAGUGAUGACGGCCUAGAUAUCGAGGCCUUUGAAAGUGUAGAGCAGGCACUUGCAGAGACUGCGGCACAGAAUGACCCAGUACCUGCCGAGCAGCGUUUCGAAACGGAGCUGGAUAGACAUACGGCAGCUUCCGCUUCACAACCGGCCGUUUCAGUGUAUCAGAGUGAACCGUCUGGACACGGACUCAGAAAUGCUGAAUCACCGAAACCUCCCCCACCAGAACCUCAGACUAUACCCGCCAUGCAAGAGUUUGAUGAUGAGUUUGAUGACGACGACGACGAAGAACUGAUGAAUGAAAUGCUUGACCUGGCUGCAAAAUACGACUCCCAGCCUAAUCCACCGGCUAGAGAACAGCCGGCAGUGAACCAGAAUGCUCAGAUGAAUACGGUCCCCAAGCGGUUGGAAACGCUCGACGAGUUCGAGGAUGCCUUUGAUGAUGAUGAGGAGCUAUGGGAGGGCAUUGCAGAUGCCACCUCCGCAAAACCAACGACGGUGGUUGAAUCCACGAAUCAUACCUCAAUUGAUAACAGAGCUAUCAAGCGCUACCUUAUUGUCGAUGUCCUCGAGAGUCAAUACGAGUACAAGGCCGGGCGUCGACGACCCGAGAAAAUGCUUUCCGUCAAGGACGAAAAGUCCGGUAUGCUGUACAUUGUACUCCUGCGAGAGUCUUGGUACGAUACCAGGUGCACCAAAGGAUCCUACAUUCAUAUUAUUGGCAAGUUCGAUCGCACCGGUCAGUGCAUCGUUAAUGAUACCGAUAACAUGAUCAUUCUCCAUCCCGACCACUUGAUAUCUUCGACUGUGGUGGGCGAUUCUUUUACGUGUAUGCGACGGGCUGUACUUCAGGACAGAGUGAAAGCUACGAGUGCCGCCACUCAGCCUCAGGUUUAUGGCCAUAUUCUACACGAAGUCUUCGGACAAGCAUUACAACUCAACAAAUGGGACAUGCAGACGUUCAGAGACAUCAUCGACAAGAUUCUUCCAUCUUACAUUGAAUCACUUUAUGAGAUUGGAGUUCAACUACCCGAUGCUAAAGAGUAUCUAUUGGGAAAAGCACCUGAAAUGAUGGCAUGGGCGAGCGUCUUCGUCGGCGACAAUCUGUCCAGUGACGCUCUCAUUCGCGAUCGCAAUGGCAUCCUCGUCCCUACAACUAUCAACAAGCUUCUUGAGCUGGAGGAGCAUAUAUGGUCACCGAUGUACGGCCUCAAAGGCAAUAUUGAUGCCACCGUUCAAGCCCAGAUGAAGCUACCUCAGGACCGGUCGCCCAGAACACUGCUAGUGCCUUUCGAGUUGAAGACUGGCAAAAAGGACAACGUUGAGCAGCACCGUGUACAAACAGCGCUCUACACCUUGCUACUGUCUGAUCGGUAUGAUAUCAAUGUCACUUGUGGUGUCCUGUACUACAUGGAAACAUCCAAAACCUUCCGCGUGGAGGGCGUGAGAAACGAGAUACGACACAUGGUCAUUGAGCGGAACGAAUUGGCUUGCUAUGUCCACGACAAACUGGCGCUGCCGCCGAUGAUUAAGAAAGAACAUCUCUGCAAGUCCUGCUACUCAAAGGCUGCCUGCUUCAUUCACCACAAACUAUCGGAGGAUGGCAAUGCAGAAACCAGUGGUCUAGGCGAAAAGUUCAACGAGGUGGUCGGCCAUCUUUCUCCUGCGCAUCAGGCAUUCUUCAAGAAGUGGGACGACCUUUUGACUCGAGAGGAACGCGAUACGAUGAAGUUUCGACGCGAACUCUGGACAAUGCUGAGUGUAGAGCGCGAGGCGGUCGGUCGUUGCUUCUCAGAAGUCAUAAUUCAACCAGGAUCUACCUUCGAAAACACUGAAAGCUCCAAAAUCAACAGGUUCGAGUAUACAUUCAUCAAGCACAGACCACGUCCAGGUUUCUCGUUUGCAGAGUCACAUAUCAAUAUUGGUGAUCCAAUUGUUAUCUCAGACGAGAAAGGACAUUUCAAUUUCGCUGCAGGCUUUGUCACGAAUGUCCGACCAUCUCGGGUUGUGGUAGCGGUUGAUCGAAGAUUGCAACCUGCCCGACGAAAGCUGGCCGACUUCGACUCCUCCAAUCGACAGGUCUUCUCGGGUGUCAUGGGAGAAGCGGCUGAGGAUGUAUCUGGCACAGUUGAGGAACCGAUGUUGUAUCGCAUAGACAAGGACGAGUUUGCGAAUGGAAUGGCAACUGCUCGAAACAACGUCAUCCGGAUGAUGGAGAAGGAUCUGUGGCACGCGCGAGAGCUUCGACAGCUGAUCAUUGAGAACAAACCUCCAGAGUUCAAGAUCACGUCUACAGCAUACACCUUAUCCGGACCAGCUUCACAGCGAAGUCUCAAUCUUGACCAGCGGAAGGCCAUCGAGAAGGUGAUGAGUGCAAAGGACUACGCUCUAGUUCUAGGCAUGCCUGGCACUGGCAAAACGACAACAAUAGCUCACAUCAUACGAGCUCUUGUCUCACAAGGCAAAUCUGUCUUGUUGGCAUCCUACACUCACACAGCGGUGGACAAUAUUUUGCUCAAGAUCAAAGACGACCACAUCCCAAUUCUGCGAAUUGGAGCUAUCAAUAAAGUCCAUCCGGAGAUUCACUCGUUCGCCGAUGUUUCAGGGCAGCCCAAACGGACCAUCGAAGAAUUACACGCAUCGUGGCACGGGAGUAAAGUCGUUGCGACUACCUGUCUAGGCGUCAAUCACGGCAUCUUCAACGCGCGGACAUUUGACUACUGCAUUGUGGAUGAGGCUUCCCAGAUCACAUUGCCGGUAUGUCUGGGUCCGAUUCGCAUGGCAAGAACGUUUGUUCUGGUCGGCGACCACUACCAACUGCCGCCGCUGGUUCAAAACAAGGAGGCUUUGGAAGGAGGCCUCGACGUCAGUCUUUUCAAACUCCUUUCUGACGCACAGCCGGAUUCGGUGGUAAAUCUUGAACACCAAUAUCGAAUGGCGGAGGACAUCAUGCUUUUGUCCAAGGAGCUGGUUUAUUCUGGACGCAUCAAAUGUGGUAACGAGGCUGUCGCCAAACGAAUGCUCCAUAUCCCGGGCCUGGAAGGCGGACUAGCAGUACAUCAUUUCACUGCAUCUUCACUGCCGAAAUCGAGUCACAGUACUCAGACAAUUUGUGUGACUGAGGCUUCAUGUUGGUUGCGACGAGCCCUGUCUCCCGUAUCUCGAUGUCUGUUUCUCAAUACAGACACCAUCGCUACAAAAGGUCCAGCGCGUGAGACCGCAUCAGGGGCGCGGAUAACCAAUGCAGUGGAAUCUCGUCUCACAGCACAGCUCGUGACAACGUUGAUCCACUCAGGUAUCGCCCCUCGUUCAAUCGGCGUGAUCACAUUCUAUCGCUCCCAACUCGCAUUACUCAAAUCUGAUGUCAAAUCCACUGCCGGUUCUGCCGCCGCGGCGGAGGUCGAGAUGCAUACGGCAGACAAAUAUCAAGGCCGAGACAAGGAGGUAGUCAUCCUCAGCUGCGUCAGGAGCAACGAGAACAAGCACGUGGGCGACCUUCUGAAAGACUGGCGGCGCGUGAAUGUCGCUGUGACGCGGGCAAGAAGUAAGCUGUUGAUCAUCGGUAGCAAGAGUACUCUUGCGGGAAGCGGCGUACCCAUCCUCAAAGGCCUGACGCGCAUCAUGGAUGAGAAGGCAUGGGUGCUGGAUCUUCCCAGCGGCGCUUGUGAUGAGCAUCUGUUUGAGACUGGAAGUCAAGUCACGGGCGUCACGCAGAAGAGUGUUGCCGGGUUUGUUGAAGUCCAUGUGGACAGUCCGCCUGCGUCGGGCCCGGGAAAGAAUAACAAGAAGAGGAGAGACGUCCUUUACCCAGGCAAUCUACGGGGCCGCAAGAGCCCAAAGAAGCAAGCGACCUUUCGGAAACCGGAGAAGAUCGUCCGCGGAACUGCCCUGGUCGGCGACGUUCAGAGUUUCUUGGAUAAACGUCCCGUGUUGAGAGACGUGGUCAACGACCUGGAUGGUCUGGCACAAGGAUAUGAUACUCCAAUCGGCGCCGGGAAGGAGAACGUGCAAAUGCACCGCGUUAAUGACGGGAAUGAUGAUCUGGAUGGUGAUUUCAUGGAUGUAGAUGCCGACUUCGACCCGGCUGACUUUGGAGUAUUCUGA